CUUGUCCACGUCAGUAGCAGUCGGCGAAGUGCACUGACGCGGUCGUUUGUUUCACGCGCUCCCGCGUUCCGUUCUGGGCAGAAACUGCACGGCACCACUCAAGCACUCUCUCCAAUAACCCCUGCUCAACAUCAACAACCUGAAGGUUAGCUGUUUGUGAGGGAACAGCAAAGGGUUCGAGUGUCGUGUUGUGGCCCGUUGUUCACUGCAGCUUAGUUAUAGUUAAGCAAGUGGCCGUCGUGCGCUUGGCUACCUCGCUCGCAAACAGGUGCUCUUCGGGGUGAGAAGUUGUUCCUUCUAGAGCGCUACAACAAGACACGCCGCAUGACAACGUAAAGCAGACCCUCGCCGAUAACUCGCCAGUUGUUUGCAACUUCCAGUCCCGGGUCGUAAAGAAAACAUGAAGCGAGGGUAGUGAAUUUGAUAUUCCCCAAAGCGGUAGCAAUUUUUGGCCAAAAAAUCCCCCAAAAUAGAACCCGGCCGAUACGAUCCUGUACACGUCGGGUGCUAUCGCGUGCGUGUGUUGGGUGAAAAAAAAAAGAAUCAAAGUGCUACCCCACCAACACACACACACACAGUGAGCGACAAUUUCCAGUGUGCAAAUGUUUUGGUCGUAAAAAUCGGCGAGAAACAACAAAAAAAACCUCCCCCGAAAAGCUCGAAGAUCGAACCGUGCAUCGGCUUCGGGGUAUGAUGUGAGUGACCGUGCGUCUCCAUUACAAGUGGCCGUGUGAGUUCCGCAAUGAGUGGUGGCCCAUUGUGAGUUUCUGUGUGUGUGUGCGUGAGUGUAUGCAUGCACGUUUGCUUGGCUGCUUUGGUUUUGGCUUGCGCGCACCCACCGAAGCGCCACCUUGUGCCAUGUGCUUUUGUUUACGGCCCACGUGCUUCGCUGGAACGUCGCUUUCGUCGCAUUCGUCGCCAUCGACGGUGACGUCACACCGUCGUCGGUAUCCUUCGGUUACGCUGGCCGUGUGAACGUGUGCUGCCGGAUCACGGACGGUGUCCGCCGCCAGUAGCAGUAGUAGCGCGGUCAGUCGUCGCGAUGGUUGUACGGUUACGGCUCGUCGAUCCACUACUACGCGCGGUGGUGCCACUGUGUACAUGUGCAUCCAGUAGUGGGUAGGCCUGUGCGUGUGUGCGUGUGUGUGUGUGUGUGCGCUGGUGGACAUCUUCUGUCAGUGUGUCAAGGAAAGGGAGUUUUGUUUGCGCGCGUGGUAAACGUGAUUGUUUGGAGGCCGUCUGAUUCGGGGGGUCUGCCGCGUGAGUGUGUGCAAUUUUUUUUUGUGUGUGCUGAAACAAAAAGAAAGUGGCUUUCCCUCAUCUUUCCCGGCGUGGAUUGUGCACAUGACCGGCGAACCAAUGACUGCCCGUGGAGCCGUUGCUGGACGCGCACCCCAUCUACAGCCCCCACACGCCAACCAUCCCCUGCAAGCGCUCCGCACGGACGACAUUGAGGUGCAGGUGCUGGAGCAAGGGAUCGAGCUUUGCAGUGGCAGCGACCGUAAGACGAAUGCCACCAGUGGUCCAUCAUCCGGCAGCGCUGGUGGCCCCAAACCACCGACCAAUUUCGGACGUGGCCGCAUUAGCCUUCAACCAUCCACCACCGGCACCACUUCACUCGUCACGGGCGCAGCCAACACCUCCAGUCUAGCGGCGGGAUCUAAUGGACCAGCCGGUGCAGUUCCGGCCGGAUCUCGGAUAGCAUCGCUCAAAAAUCCGGUCGGUUGGGUGUGCUGUGCACCGUGUAUUUGGCUGCGGAGUUCUUCGGCCGUCCACAAGAUGGCGAUAACGGCCGCCACAUUGCUCGUCACGUCGCUGCUUGUCGCUUCGCCGAUACUGUUUCUGAUAUCGGCAGCACCCUCACAGCUACCACGCGAUUGUUUUGCGGCCGACGAGGACGACUGUCAUCCGACACCGGCCCCACCGCCCGUCUGUGCCGAUCCGAUCUGCCGUGCCGCGGCCAUCAGCAUAUCGUCCCGAAUGAACUGGGACGUAGAGCCGUGCCGAGAGUUUAAGAACUACAGCUGCUCCACGAUGGAGAGUAGCCUGCGGGCGGUUAAAAGCGCCCAAGAGUUGGCCGAUACGCAGAUGCAGCAGCUGCUUUCGCUUAACACGACGAGCGGCAUCUUUCGAAAGCUGGGCCGGCUGUACGGUAGCUGCCUGCGACAGGAACUGAACGACACCAGCAUCCGGAGGCGUCUCGAUCAGCUCGGUGGCUAUCUGCACAUCGGAUCGGUGGGACCACAAAGCAUAUCGCCGCUGGUAGCGAAGAUUCAAGCGAUUGGACCGCUGCCCCUGAUCGGCAUCUACUACGAUCUCAGCUAUGGCCGCAAACCCCAGACGCUGCUGAUCAUCGAUGGACCAAACACGCCACCGAACAUACUGGAGAAUCCGGUUCGUUGGAAUGGACCAAGGGCACCGCCCUAUGACGUGGACGAGGUGCCGGAGCUGCUAGACGAACUAAUCAAUACAUUUCUACCGUUGGGGCUGAGCGCCGAACAGCGGCAGUCGGAACGGAACCUUAUUUUUAGCUUUAUUCGUGAACUCAAUCAGAUUCGACGAAAUUAUGUACAGCGGGACUUUACCACCAGCUACGUCCUCAACAACGUGACCGCCCUCGCAAAUGCUCAUCCUUUUCUCGCGUGGUCCGAACUGGUGCCGAGCAACUGGACCGGUCCGAUCGUGAUUCGAAGUCCCGAGUACCUGCGCCAGCUACGAAAGCUACUGCUGCAGUACCAAAACCGUGUGAUCCACAACUCGCUGCUGAUGCUGUUCGCGCUGAACACGCUACCACCCGGCCGCCCGUCACCUUUGGUGUGUACGCGAGCGACGAACUGGGCCCUGCCCGAAGUAACGUCCGCCCUGUUUGUGGCCCAGUACAGCGAGGAGGUCAUUCGGCACGCUAUCCAACGGACGGAAGAAAUGUUCGAAAACAUGAAGCAACAUCUGAAGCGGGCCCCAUCGUUGCGAGGCGCAGCACUGGUGCGACUGUCCCAGCUGAAGGUGCAGGCCAAAGUUUGGCCCACGUUGUUUAACCGGACGGAAAUCGCUUCCGUGUUGGAUGAGAUCGAAAUCAGCUCGGACAAUUGGUUCGAAAAUGUGCUGAAAAUCUACGAAAUCAACAACAAUCGCACGAAAGCGGUGAACUUUACCGUGGACUCUUCGCAGACAGCGUACGCCUAUCCACAAAUUUCGAAAGUAUUCUACGACACCCUGUCCCACUCGAUCGUCGUACCCCUGUCGGUGAUCCUGGUGCCGUACUUUAACCCAGUGCUUCCACCGUACCUGCACUACGCCUCGCUCGGCACCACGCUCGCCAAAGAGAUCCUACGCUCCAUCACGAAAGCGUUCGAGACGAAGAUUAUGCAGUGUGUGCCGGGCGCGGUGGCCGUCUUCUCGAACGCCAGCCGGAUGGAGCUGCUAAUCCAUUCGGGCGGGUUGCAGAUCGCGUACCACACGCUCCUGUCGCUGUCCGGACCGAUCAAGGGCAUGAAUCGGCUGCUCGGGUUGAGUUUGACGCCACCGCAAAUCUUUUUCCUGAUCUCCGCCCAGCAGCUGUGUGCCGAAUCCGACUACAGUGGGAUCGAUGUCAAUUCGAGCGAUUUCGAUGAAAUACUUGCCUGGCUUAUUUCGCAGGGCGGCAGUGCAUCCGAUGUCUUUCAGUGUCAUUCGACCACUAAGUUAAGUUACCAGAAGAAUUGCGACAUAUGGUAGACGAACGGGGACGUCCUGUGCGUCGCUAGCAGCGGCAGAACUGAUGAGGAAGAAGUAUCUGGUAAAACGGUAAAACAGAAAAAAGUUCUAGUGAUAAUGAAAGGAGCAAUCUUUCGUAGCAAAAUAGGUAUUAAAUCAAACACAAACAAAAUGAGGAAACACACCUUAAAAAUUUGGGCGUUAAGGGGAAUAGUAAACAAUUGGAGAAGGAGAAACCACUGAUAGGAGAAAAGAGGUAGAACAUUUUAGCCAUCAAACAAGGUGAUAGUGAUAGUGAGAUUGGAGUAGGAAUAAAUUCUAUCGUCUGCUGCUAUUUAUGCUAUGUUACAUACUUAACGAGAGAGCAAUUUAAAAACAUAACGUACAAACCGUUGCCAUAUUUCCGUGCGAAAGCUUUAAUAUGAGAUGAGUUGCUAUAUUAGUUUGCCAUGUUGUAAAUUAUCCUUCCAGACGCGUAACAACGUUCCAGGAAAGCGGGAAGUAACUUGAUCGGAAUAGUAAGUCAAUUAGGUUAUGGUUUGCGGGCAGUGUAAUAGUUUGGAUUGGAUUCGCGGUGAAUGUUAGCGGUGUUAGACCGACCGACCAGUAGUUCUUGAUGGAUGUCGUUAGAUGGGUGAUUGUUUAGUUUUGUUUUGUUGCUUACGUUAAUGUAAGGGGCAGACAGUUGUUGUUGAAGUGUGUCCCCAAGGUCCCCGUGUGCCGUGUCAGCAGUUGUAUUGCGAUAAUAGUUUAUUAGCCUGUAAAUGUUGAGAGAGAGAGAGAGAGAGACCGUGACAAUAUAUCCACCACCGAACCGAACGGGCUGGACGGAAGGAAACCAGUGAGGCUUAAUCUAGGCGAAAAUUGAACUAUAUUGAAGGUAGACAAAGCUUCGGAAGAGAUUUGGUGAAGAAAUCCUUGCGAGAUUUGUUUUUAAUCGGAGUAGCAGUGUAGAGAUGUUGGGCGAGAGUAUAGGAAUGGAUCGGGCACUAGAUAAGGGUACUUGUUACUGGUGUAAUCUAGCGUUGUGCAUUUGAUAUUAUAAUUUUCAGAAAGAAACACCUUCACCAGAUAUAUACACACACACGCGUACCGAAUCUUACACAUUUAGUGUUGAAAGCCUGUCCUGUUUGUAGUGAAAAAGGCUGGCCAAGCACGUAGUACUGCCGGUGUGCAGCGUACAGUACAUAUACAGUGGGUCGUUUAGAAGUAUCGGGAGGAAGUCAUAGGGCAGGACAUAACUGAAGAAGAAAGAACAAAGAACAAAUUUACAAACGUCCUACGGAUAUAUAACAAAGGUCCGCGCCCUCCCCCCUCUCCCCAAUUUUUUGCUAGUGGAAUUAAUGGUAGGACACACAAACAGCACACGAUGAACACGCUAUCGGAAUUGAACGUACAUUUAGUAGGUUGAAAGCAUGGAAGUAAGUGCGUUACAAAAACAGAGAAAGAAUGCUGGGAUUCACCGAUAUCAAUGUAGAGCUGUAGCAGCUGUAGCACGAUAUUCUAGAAUGUAUUAGCAGCUACUAGUAGCACACCGAACGAAGGGGACGAAAUCAACUCGAAACUUCGAUUUAUCACAAGAAUCACACACACGCCCCCGGUAGGAUUCUCCAGCAGCUGGGCAAAGCAAACCAAACAGCAACCGAAGAAGUGUACCUUAAUGUUUCAACUACAUAUAUAUCUCUCUGUCUCCCGGAAGAACUGAAUGUGGCGAUGUGAGGAUCGUGACUAGUGAAUUCGAAAAAAAAGAAAUCGUAGUUUGUCGUUCAAAUUCACGGUUGCAGUUAUCAGGUCACACAACCCAUCAUCCCCAGGAUGGAACAUUAGCUCAUUUUACUAGCGGAUACACUUUUGAAGAACGCGCGUGGAUCGUAAACACGUGACACAUAAACCGUAGGAUAUAGGGAGUACGAGUACGAGGUGAGUAUGUAGUUCAAACCCCAGAGACACACUUUUAAAGCUAUUUAGGAUGUGUAAAAUCGGAAAGCAAGAAGAACAACCCUCACACAAACUCAAUUUUAAGAAGAGAAAACACCCAAAUUAGGCUGACCAUAGUUAAGUGAUUUUAGUCGUUUUGGUUGUUUUUAAAUAACAAACACACGCAUUCAUCCCACUGAGAGCUUAAUGACAAUUAUAGGCAAGCGUAAUGCCACUGAACCACAGACAUUGGACAUUGGUCGCGUGCAUUUAAGUUGUUCAGUACUUACAUGUUCCAAGUAUUAUUGAGUCAGCGAUUUGUCAAAUUCAAACAGGAUAAAGCUGAAGCAACCGACGCACGUGGCCACGUUGGUACACGUUGUAGCAAUCCUUAGCAAAUGGUGCCAAAGCAUGUGAAAACUACGUGUGAAUGUUAGUGUUUGAAGAUUUGAUUAGUGUUACGCAAGGGGAAGUUUAGCAAAUACACAAACACACACAUAGAAACGCGGGAGCGGGUCAGUAAGAUGGCGUAAACUGUUGAUAAUAUUCCCUUUGGUAGGCUGUAUCGUUGGGUCGAGGGAGAGAAAGAGAGAAAGAGGACGUCAAGGAACAAACUGCAAUGCGAUUAUACUGAGAUAAAAAUUAGCAAUAAACACUGGAAACCAAUGUUCGAUAAAAGCAA